AAUAAAUGUUCCAUUCGAAGGGUGAAAAGAAAAGCAGUACAGUAUUUCCUUGGAAACAGCUAAAAAGUUAAGACGACUAGAUGCCCUGACGGCCAGUCUUCUUCGUCCAUACAAAAUUUCCCACGAUGGUGAGCAGAAAAGUCUGCAGAAAACUAGAAUCAGCAGACGCUCUGCUCGAACGGAUAGAAUUUCUCGGCUGCGAUGAGGUCUCCAGGAUCUACUUUCCGGAUGAAGAUCCCUUGAAUCGAGUGGUAACGAAGGGACUCAAGAAGGGAUAUAUCGUGAACUACAGCGAGUGGGAGGAGAUUCUGCUGGUGGGUGAGGGAGAUUUCUCCUUUUCUCUGGGUUUGGCUAGAGCCCUCGGAGAUGGAACAAACAUGAUCGCUACAUCUUUGGAUAGACCAGACAAUCUCCACAGAAAGUACAGUAAUGGUAUAGAGAACGUAAGAGAACUAAGGGCACUAGGAUGCAGAGUGCUGCAUGGCAUCGCUGUGAGAUGGAUGAGCAGGCAUGCCUUCCUCCAAUCCAAAAAAUUUCAUAAGAUUGUCUUCAAUUUUCCAUACGCAAACCUUCGAUUUCCGGAUGAAUGCGAGAAGCAGAUCAGGCUACACCGGGACUUGAUGAAAGGCUUCUUCUCCAAUGCAAGAGCGCUGCUAGCUGAGGGUGGUGAAGUUCAUGUUUCGCACAAGCUGACGUACCCAUAUGAUGAAUGGCAUGUGGAAGAGAUAGCAGAACAUAAUGGGUUACAAUUGAUUAAAUGUGUUCCGUUUCGGAUCAGUGACUACCCAGGUUACAGCAACAAGAGGGGAUACGGAAAUGAUGGAUUGUCUGAUACAUCUUUUCCUUUAGGAGCGAGCGGCACCUUCAAGUUCACAGCAGCUGAUCAGAACUCUGUCCGUCCGCGACCUACGCCGACGUGCUUCCCUGUCAUCUGCCGUCGCCGGAAAAUAUCGAAGAGAGAGGUUGUAUGAGAAUUGGUUGAAUGUGCAUUGUCUUGGAUAGAGGAAAUAGGAUUCCAACAAGAAGAGGAUCAUACAGGAAAAAAUGGAUCGAUUGGUGCAACUUUCUUAUGAUGAGUGAGUUAGAUCUUCAAAUUAGUCAUAAGAAGUUGAUCAUCACCUUCAAUUGGUAAUCAGUUGCUGUCUUCGGUGCCGACACCAAUGGCGGCAUCAAAUUGCUGCAAUGGCCAUACAGGGGAAGAAGUGACUCUAGUUGAGUUUCUGAAUCAAUUGGUUUCCUUGGCAAAAACUCUGGUUGUCAUUUUCUGUAAAGGGCUUUAACAUGUCCAUAUAUGAAUUGCAAAUUUAAGUGGUGUGCCAUCCAUUUCGAUU